AUGGUUGCAGGGGCUCGCAUUCUUCUGGAGACUAACUCCUUCCCUCAAGUGCCCCAGCUUCCAAAGCCCGAGCUUCCACCAUUUCCCACUUUCCCAACUUUGCCAAAACCUGAGCUGCCACAAUUGCCAAAGCCUGAGAUGCCACAGGUGCCAAAGCCUGAGCUGCCCCAGUUGCCGAAGCCCGAACUGCCACCGGUACCCCAUGUUCCAACUUUGCCAAAGCCUGAAGGUCUCAAGUUGGCAGAAGAGCCCCAUGUCCCUGAGCUUCCAAAGCCUGAAUUGCCACCAAUUCCUAAUUUCCCAACUUUGCCAAAGCCUGAGUUGCCAAAGUUGCCUGAAAUUCCACCUCUUCCCCAUCUCCCAGCUGACAUACCUAAGCCCACAUUGCCCUCCAUCCCAACCCUCCCCAAGGAAACACCCCUCCCUUCUCUCAUUCCACCCUACAAAACCACCCUUCCUUGA